UCACUGCAGGGCAGGAGGCUUUUAUCUCUGGAGGAAGUGAAGGAUUAUUCUGAGGGUUUUUAUCUAAAGGUGCUCCAUGCUGCAGGACGCUUUAAAGAGGGAUUAUACUGCGGACACAGUGAUGGAUACUGCUGGGUGUUAAAGAGAGGACCCUUUUUCUUCUGGUGCCAAAACCAAACACUUCAGGACCUCAACUAGCUUUUGUUUCAACUUUCCCUGCAGCGAGUCUCUCGGGAGCAGAGCCAGCUUGGUUUCCCUCAAAUCGCAUUCAAACCGGGAGUUUAGACUUCAUUUAAAGUGCUUUUCGUGGCGCCUGGCUCUCUGCUGCUGGUGUCCAGUUCCCCCGGGAUCAGGGAGAUGUUUCCCGGGCUCCUCGCCUCCUCCUGGUGCCCAAACAGCGGAUCUGAGAGGAGAUGAGAGCCGCGGUGUGGCUCCUGCUGGCCGGCUGUUUCUGCACCGCUGCUGAGGAGGCUCCUCUCCCCCGGGAGCUGCUGGAGCUUCUGUCCGGCAGUGAGAUCCGGAGCAUCAGCGACCUCCAGCGGCUGCUCGAGACUCAGUCCGUAGAGAACGAGGUGAUGGAGGAGACCAAACACAGAUACCACAAGGACGUCUCUCACAGCCCCUUGGACCUGAAGAGAGCACACACUCACACGCACACCAGACACAGGAGAAGCACCGUGUUGGAGGAGGCUCUUCCCGCUGGAUGUAAGAUCCGCUCGGUGGUUUAUCAGAUCCCCCGCAGCGCCGUGGACUCCUCCGCCGCUAACUUCCUGCUGUGGCCGUCCUGCGUGGAGCUGCAGCGCUGCACCGGCUGCUGCAACACAGGGAACAUGAGGUGCAGAGCGGCACGUACACACACCCGCACUGUGAAGGAACUACUCACAGCCAAAGCAGAGGGACAGUCUGUGAUUCAGAUUAGCUCUCAUCUAAACAAUGUGGCGAAAGUGGAGUUUGUGCGGCGGCGUCCGAAGCUGAGGGAGGUGCAGGUGAAGCUGGAGGACCACCUGGAGUGCACCUGUACCAACAGACGCUCCACACACACACACACUGACAACGGUAUCAGGUGAAGAAGAGGAGGAGGAGGAAGAGGAAGGGGAGGAAAUCCAAUAGUCUGCCGGCUCAGUUUGAUGGAGAAUAUUUAGUGACGCUUGAAGCAGGAUACCUGACUCUCUGGACCUUGACUUUGAAGAGUUGCGACAGAACAAACUGGUUUCCUGCUGCGAUUCCCUCGACGGAGAAAAGCAGCGAUUAAAUGCCGGCAGCAGAGAGGUGCAUUCUGGGAGAUCUAAGGAUUUAUUGUCUCCUCCUCCCGCUCACAGACUGGGAUUAUACACGCAUCCUUCCUGCGGACGGACUGGAUUAUGUAAUCUCUUUCUCAGCACACACUCGUGCAAUUCAUCGUUUUUUAUAACCUGUUGUUUUCUAUCUCUGUCUGUUUGUAUCUGCUUAAA